AUGACAUCUGCUCAAGCUCAGAGUGACUGGGUUGGUGAUGUUCUACAUGAACGUAGACAAAUCUCGGUCGAGGGAGUUGAAAUUGAUGUUGCCAUAACGCGUCGCGACGGAAGUGCGGCACCCAUCAUAUUCCUGCACGGAUUCGGUGGUAGCAAGGAAGACUACUUGGACAUCGUUUUGCAUGAAUCGUUCAAAGAUCGCCCGUUUGUCGCUUUUGACGCGCCUGGUUGCGGCGCAACAACUAUUGGAGACUUUUCUAGAAUGUCUAUUCCAUUUCUCGUCAAAGCUACACAAGCCAUCCUUCAGGACCUCAGUAUCCAGCACUUUCAUUUAGUUGGUCACUCUAUGGGGGGUCUAACCGCACUGGAACUGGCAUCUUUUCAUCCUCAGUCUGUGCUAAGUUUUGUCAACAUCAAGGGCAAUCUAAGCCCUGAAGACUGUUUCCUAAGCAGACAGAUCUUUACUUGCGCUCACGAAGAUCCGGAAAAAUUUUUAAUGAACUUCAUCGAGCGAAAUUCCCGUUCACCCUUCUUCUCUGCACCUUUUUAUGCAUCGAGUGUUAGACACAAAGUGAAGCCCGAAGCAGUCAGAGGCAUAUUUGAGUCCAUGGUAAAACUUUCCGAUAGUGGGAGCUUGUUAGGGAAAUUUUUAGGAUUACCUUGCCCUCGCGUUUUCAUGUACGGCAAUCAGUACAACAAACUCUCUUACUUGCCAGAACUAAAAGAGAGCAAUGUGCAACUUGCUGAGAUACCUCACUGCGGCCAUUUUCCGAUGUACUCAAAUCCUGUCGCAAUGUGGGACUACAUAUCCCAAUUCUUCGCUCAGAAUCGGAAAUAUGAAGCGCGAAGGAUAAGAUACGGUGCAAGUCCCAGUCUGACCUAG